AUAAUAUCAGCGCACUAUUAGCAGCAGCAGCAGAUGAAUUCAACAGCUUGUCGAUGGCUGUGCCUCUUUGGAAAGGGAUGGCGAUUUGAGGGAGGCCAGCCAAAGCUAAGAGCAAUCGAGAGCGUCACGGCGCCAGCCAGCCUGCCCUUCCCUGCCAUGCUCAAUCAUCUGCUGGUGCUGGUGGUGUGGUGUCUCAACAAAAGCGAGUGAGCCGAGCUGAGAAGGGCAGGCUGCACACACACAACCAACCCACACUACCCACUGCCCACCGCCCUCCUUCCCCUCUCUGCCCUUAUCUCUUCUUCCUCUCUUCCUCGUGCAGCAGCAACAAAGGUGGCAGGCAGAUCAGAGCUGAUAUCUUUGCUCAACCGUCCAUAGCAGCCAGCACAAGAACCAAAGUUUGCAUUCAGAUGUCGACGGUUGUGAUGAGAGUGGAUCUUGAGUGCGAAAAGUGCUACAAGAAGAUCAGGAAGGUCCUCUGCAAGGUCCAAGACAAAGUGAGCAUCAGGACCAUCUCCUACGACGAGAAGAACAACACGGUGACGGUGUCCGGGCCCUUCGACGCCGAGGAGGUCGCCGACAGGCUCACCUCCGACGCCGGCAAGGUCAUCACCGACAUACACGUCGUCGGGGGAUUCGGCGGCUUCGCCUUGGGCGGCGGCGGCGGAGGGAAGCAGAAGCACGGCGCCGCCGCCGCCACCCCAGGCAAGGCGCCCAAGACAGGGAAGGCUAACGGCAACGGCCACGGCCACGGCCAGGGCAAGGGACAUGGCCAUGGCGGGCACGGCGGCGGUGGAGGCCAUGGUGGUCAUGGCGGUGGAGGCCACGGUGGCGGCAAGCCGGAGAAGAAGCACGUCAAGUUCGACGACCUGGACUUGGACAUGGACGACGACGACUUCGACCUGGACGACAUGGACGAGCCGGUCGGCGGCCGCAACGCGCACAGCGGGCACGGGCACGGGCACGGGCACGGGAACGGCGGCGGCAAGCCGCAGAUCAUUAGGACAACAAACACCCCCAUCGCGGCGCGGCUGGAGGCGCCCCGCACGGGCCCGGCGAUGUCGAUGGCCACCGCGGCGCCCGUGAGGAUGCCGAUGCCGGCGAUGGGGCCAAUGCCGCAGCAGCAUGGGCACCAUGCCCAAGGCAUGGGCGUGCCGUCCAUCUGGCCGGCGGCGGCCGCCCCCGAGUGGGGCUACAGCACGCAGCCGUACGGCAGCUACAGCGGCCCGCCUGCUGGAGGGUACUACGGCGGCGCGUACGGCGGCGCCGCCGGGCACUGGCCGUACGGCGGCGGCUACGGCCGGAACCCGUACGCGCAGCAGCAGUACUACGAGGAAGAGCCCAGCGCUGGGUGCAGCGUCAUGUGAUGUCAUCGAUCGGCUCCGCUCCGCGACAUCGUGUCGGACAUGCGCUGCUCGUGUCCACCGUACGUAAAAUUACUCCUAGUGCCACUGUGUUAGUAUAUAUGUAUAUGUACAUGUAUAUUAGGGUGUGUUUUGGUUUUUUGCUUUGGUUCAUGUGUUGGCGAGUACGACGUACGUACUAUUUUGUUUGUGUGUUUUUGGAGAGGUUAUAAAGUUUGUCACAAGUGAGUGUUAUGGUAGGGGUGAGUUUAGUAGGAGGAUGAAGCUCCCUCUCCUGUGCAAAUCUGGGAAGAAUACGUAUGCUACUCUUAUGAUCUUGUACUGUACUCAGUUUGUCUGUAAUUUAUGAGACGAAUCUUUUAAAUUUA